AAACUCUAACGUGACCGUUCACUGCGUUGAUCCUGGGAAUGUAGAAACCGACAUCUACAGAAGCUUCCCACCCUUAUCAAAUAAGCUACUGUUUUAUUUGCAAAAGCCUAUAAGAUUACUAUUAGUUAAAACUCCCAGGGAAGGCGCCCAAGGUUUAUUGUAUGCUAUCAUAUCACCAGAGACUCCCAGAUUCUACAUCACUAAACAUUACUCCAAUUCAGAAGAGCAACAAGAAGUAAAUCCCCGUAUCUACAACCCUAUCCUAGGGGACACAUUAUGGAAGCUGAGUCGCCAACUGUGCCGCGAUCACCUGCUAGAACUGAUCUAGUGCCAAAAUUCUGGAAAAAUGAUAUCAAAGGACUACAUAAAGAAUUGAUCAGCUUCCGCUUUAUGUCAAUGACCAAACCAACACCAGAAGCUAGAUGUCAUGUCAGUAUAAGUGAGGUAAACAAUCUUUCAGGCAAGGAAUCUAACAUACUCAACGAUCACGAGCCAAUUUCUGAACAAUGGAUCACCAUUGGCAGUGGCUUGACUCCAAUCGAUUGCUACAUCGAGCUGUUCCUAAUAGAAAUGCUGCCUAACGAGAAAAGUAAAUGCACUAUCAGAUGUAAAGAUAAUCUACAAGUUAGCUUCAUUCUUAAGUUGCUGCGGGUCGAAACCUCAAAACUCCACUUUACGAAAUCUCCAAAAGAAAUUUUAGUACUGGCUAAAACAUACAAAGAAAAUGGAGUAAAGAUGUUCUCCAAAUACCCAGUUUUUGCUCACUCGUACUUCAACCGUGCUGCAAAAUGCUUGCUCUCCUGUGCACCUCUGGAAGGCUUAGACCCCGCACAAGAAGGCGAGGAAACCAUCACAGAAAUGCAAACUCUACUGGAGACACUGUAUCUGAAUAUCUCAGCUUGUCUUAUUAAGGAACACCGGUACGAUGAGGUGCUCCAGAUCUUACAAUUCAUAGCUCUUCAGGAGAAGCCAUCGGAAAAAGCGAUCUACCGCAUGGCAGUAGCUCAGUUCCAGGUGAAACAAUACCCGGAAGCGAUCAAAACUCUCGAAAGAAUCAAUUACGCUACCAGUAGGGAUUGCGCGGCACUGUACCAGCAGAUCAAAACCACGUGGCAGCAGGAGCAGAAUCAGUAUAACAACAUGGUGAAGAAAAUGUUUGGCUGAUGGAAUGUUCCUUCCUUGAAAAUUAUUGUUAAUGGAUUCAAAGUAAUUUUGUGCUAAGUACUGUACUGUGAAAGUUUUCAAAUAAGAACUUCUUAUCUAUUAAAAAGAAAAAAAAAACAAAAA